CCCCCUGCUGCCUGCCGGUAUUACCACUGUUUGCGACAGACCUAUCUACCGGUAGCUACUAUUCCUCGAUAAAACCAUGACAGCAAGGACAACAUUGUCAACGUCCAGUACAAUAAGCUUGGCGCUUUUAGGUGUCAGCUCCUCGCUUUUCCUCUGGUAUUCCUGGAAGCAGAAACACAGAAGGACAACAGCACCAUGUCAACAACAAUCCGCCUAUGAAACACUGAUUGGAUCCACGCCAUUGGUCCGCCUGGAAAAACUGUCGGCCAUGGUGGGUCGAAAUAUUUGGGUCAAGAUGGAAUCCAUGAAUCCUGGGGCCACUGGAAAAGAUCGAGCUGCCCUAGGAAUGAUUCAGCAAGCUGAACGGGAAGGACUGUUGCCACCUCCGCUUAAUGCUCAAGAACAAGCCUUCUCAUCCUCUCUGGAGUUGCGGGAAGAGGAAGCAAGCUCCAAUGGACAUGCCAUUUCUUCCAAAAAUAAUGAGGAUACCAACAAUGAUCCCAUGGAAGAAAUCCUUCAUCAAGCCUACCAAAAAUCACGGUCAGGCGGCAUUGUCGUAGAAGGAACCUCGGGAUCGACGGGGAUUGCAUUGGCCACUUUGGCAGCAGCCCGAGGACAUUCGUGUCUGGUCGUCAUGCCCGAUGAUCAGGCCACCGAAAAACAGGCCAUCUUGAGAGCCUUGGGGGCAAUUGUGUAUGUGGUACCGACGGCUGCCAUUUCCAAUCCCAACCACUAUGUGAACAUUGCCAAACGACUGGCAGAACGAGCCCGUAAUGAAAACAGAAAAGCAGCCUUUAUGAACCAGUUUGAAAAUCAAGCCAAUUUCAAGACGCAUUAUGAGACUACAGGACCAGAGCUAUGGCAGCAAUUUCAUUCAUGUAGUACAGCAAGCAACAACAGCAAUUGGUAUACUUCGUGGAGACAACGACAACGACAACAACAAUUAUCAGCCUUUGUCAUGUCGGCAGGCACAGGUGGCACCAUUUCGGGAAUGGGAAAGUACUUGAAGGAACAGUCCCACGACGGUUGUCGCAUUGUGCUGGUCGACCCACCUGGGAGCUCACUUUACCACAAAAUCAAACAUGGUGUAGCGUUUGCCCCACAGCAACGAGAGCAGAAACUACAACGGCAUCGAUAUGACACCAUUGCCGAAGGCAUUGGUUUGGAUCGCGUCACACAUAACUUAUCAUUGGGGCUUGACUUUGUGGAUGAUGCCAUUCAAGUAUCGGAUCAAGAGGCCAUCGACAUGGCACACUUUUUGCUCCAGACAGAGGGUCUAUGGGUAGGUUCCUCCUCGGCCAUGAACGUUGUAGGGGCCAUUCGAGUGGCAUUGCAACUGGAACCCGAUUCCAACGUGGUUACCAUCAUCUGUGAUAGUGGUUCGAGGCAUGCCACCAGGCUCUGGAAUCGAGACUUUAUUGUGGGGCGAGGCCUAGAGUGGCCUGGGGAGCAAGUGAGUGGAGGAGAGAGACAGAACCAUCAAAGGAUACCAGAAUGUCUGGUGGAAUGCAUGCCCUGACCACCUGGUGCUUGGCAAACACAUAUGAACAUUCACUUGAUCCAAUACAAGUCCGUUCGACACAAACUUUUUGACUAGUUGCGCACAGGCUGCUUGAAACAAAGUCAUCACUUCUUCCUUCCUUCGAAUUUAGCCGCAGUGAACCAAGUGCAGGUGGAGACUCGUAAACUAUUAAUAGCAUUAUCAGCUGUGUAUUGACAUGACCAAAU